AUGCGACGGGGAAGUAGGGAUGUGGGGCACCGAGGUGGGGGGGCGGGGAAAAGGGUCGCAGGAAGAGUAAGAGAGGAAGGGAAAAUGGUGAAGGGCUGGAGCCAUGGUGAUGGGUCUGAAAAAGAGAGGGAGUCAGAGUGGCAGAAAGUCGAAGGGAAGACAUUGUUCCAGAGCGAGGCACCGCAAAGAGGUAAGAAGGAGAGCACAAGUUUCGAG